AUGUUUCGAUUAGCACCUCGAAUUGCGCAAAACAAGUUACCUGCUUGUUUGAAAAUCGGGAGGAAAACAGUGGUAACUUCAACCGUUGACUGGAAACCAAUAAAAUCAUCUAAAACACCGAAUGAUGAACAUCAAAAGAAACCCUUUGCCAGAAAGAUCUUCCUGGGAUUGAUGAUAGCAAUGCCAGUUGUUUCGUUCUACUUAGGGACUUGGCAAAUGCGUCGGCUUAAGUGGAAAACGAAUCUCAUAGCAGUCUGCGAGGACCGCCUCACAUACCCAGCUGUACCUCUUCCACGGUCUUUUGAGCCAGAGAUGGCUGACAACUGGGAAUACCGCAAAGUGUUGCUGAAGGGAGAAUUCAUGCACGAUGAGGAACUUUUUGUGGGUCCUCGCGUGAGAAACGGAAUCAAGGGUUACCUACUUUUCACGCCUAUGGUACUUCAAGAUUCGGGGCGCAAAGUUCUCGUUGAGAGGGGCUGGAUCAGCGAGGAGAAAGUCUUGCCGUCCAGUAGGCGGCUAAGGCGUCUAUCGCUUCCCCCUGGCAAAAACGUCGAGGUCGAGUGCAUAGUACGCGUUCCGAAAAAGAGAGGCACAUUCCAGUGGGAUAAACUAGACACCGAGAGUCGCGUAUGGCAGGUCAUUGACAUAGGUGAGAUGGCUGCUGCGACUGGAUCCAUGCCUGUUCAUUUGCAAGCGAUGUACGAUUUGCACGAUCACACGUGGAACUCACCAGAAGACGCCUCUUUGGCCACCGCUGCGUCCAAUGAAAAACCGUUCUGGAAUUUCUGGUCAAAAUCAAGCCCCAGCACAUCUGUACGCGAGUCCGAAAACGAAUCUGCCCAAAAUCGAGACGAUAGUAACGAGUUCAACGAGUUUCAAUUGAUCAAAUACGGUGUACCCAUUGGAAAAGUACCAAAGAUCGACUUUAAGAACAACCACCUGCAGUACCUAGUUACCUGGUAUGGUCUGUCUUUUCUCAGCUCCAUUUUUCUUGUAGUGGCAUUGAGACGCGGCAAGUCCAGCGCAGUCUCCCAGGGCCAACUCAAGCGUGAUAAACUCAGACAUGCUCGCAAGAAUAUGUGA